CGUCGGUUAAGGGUUAAGUGGGUGCGGCGAGUCCUUGGAGUGCUGAUUAUUCUCUGAGAAACCCAAUCCACUUCCCGCUUGUACUCGAGGGGUUGGGGACCGAAACCUUUGUACUGGUUUUCGAUAAUUUUCAUUAGCAGCACCGUUAACCUGAGGGCAUUUUUGAGUUCCUAAGAGAAAAAUUAUAAUUUGAAGAAGGGGGCAGUGGGGAGGUAGGGCGAUCACAAAUUUUAAUUUUCACGUUGAGACAGUAUACUUCCCAUUCAAGCUAGCUGAUUACUUGUUUAAAUACAGAGGACCUGUUCCGAUUUGGUUUUUUUUAAAAUGUGGAAUUUUUUUUCCCUGGGAAGGUAAAGAAAGGGAGUCCGUUCCCAUGAACAUCCAGUCAUGGAUAAAAAUGAGCUGGUGCAGAAGGCCAAACUGGCCGAGCAGGCUGAGCGAUAUGAUGACAUGGCAGCCUGCAUGAAGUCUGUAACUGAGCAAGGAGCUGAAUUAUCCAAUGAGGAGAGGAAUCUUCUCUCAGUUGCUUAUAAAAAUGUUGUAGGAGCCCGUAGGUCAUCUUGGAGGGUCGUCUCAAGUAUUGAGCAAAAGACGGAAGGUGCUGAGAAAAAACAGCAGAUGGCUCGAGAAUACAGAGAGAAAAUUGAGACCGAGCUAAGAGAUAUCUGCAAUGAUGUACUGUCUCUUUUGGAAAAGUUCUUGAUCCCCAAUGCUUCACAAGCAGAGAGCAAAGUCUUCUAUUUGAAAAUGAAAGGAGACUACUACCGUUACUUGGCUGAGGUUGCUGCUGGUGAUGACAAGAAAGGGAUUGUGGAUCAGUCACAGCAAGCAUACCAAGAAGCAUUUGAAAUCAGCAAAAAGGAAAUGCAACCAACACAUCCUAUCAGAUUGGGUCUGGCCCUUAACUUCUCUGUGUUCUAUUAUGAGAUUCUGAACUCCCCUGAGAAAGCCUGCUCUCUUGCAAAGACAGCAUUUGAUGAAGCCAUUGCUGAACUUGAUACAUUAAGUGAAGAGUCAUACAAAGACAGCACGCUAAUAAUGCAGUUACUGAGAGACAACUUGACAUUGUGGACGUCGGAUACCCAAGGAGACGAAGCUGAAGCAGGAGAAGGAGGGGAAAAUUAACCGGCCUUCCAACUUUUGUCUGCCUCAUUCUAAAAUUUACACAGUAGACCAUUUGUCAUCCAUGCUGUUCCACAAAUAGUUUUUUGUUUACGAUUUAUGACAGGUUUAUGUUACUUCUAUUUGAAUUUCUAUAUUUCCCAUGUGGUUUUUAUGUUUAAUAUUAGGGGAGUAGAGCCAGUUAACAUUUAGGGAGUUAUCUGUUUUCAUCUUGAGGUGGCCAAUAUGGGGAUGUGGAAUUUUUAUACAAGUUAUAAAUGUUUGGCAUAGUACUUUUGGUACAUUGUGGCUUCACAAGGGCCAGUGUUAAAACUGCUUCCAUGUCUAAGCAAAGAAAACUGCCUACAUAUUGGUUUGUCCUGGUGGGGAAUAAAAGGGAUCAUUGGUUCCAGUCACAGGUGUAGUUGUGGGUACUUUAAGGUUUGGAGCACUUACAAGGCUGUAGUGGAAAUGGAUAUCCCAUGGAUAUUACAUGUUAAACCAUGUGUUAUCUGUGGCAUACUCGGUCUCAGUGUGCAUACCACUGACUACAGCUACAGAAGUGUUCCUUUAGUUGUGACCCAAUUUACUCUGGAUAAGGGCAGAAACGGUUCACAUUCCAUUAUUUGUAAAGUUACCUGCUGUCUUGCUUUCAUUAUUUUUGCUACACUCAUUUUAUUUGUAUUUAAAUGUUUUAGGCAACCUAAGAACAAAUGUACAAGUGAAGAUGCAGUAAAAAUGAAUUGCUUGCUAUUCAUUACUUCAUGGAUAUCAAGCGCAGCAGUAAAACAAAAAAACCCAUGUAUUUAACUUUUUUUUAGUUUUUUUGUUUUUGUUUUUUUUUUUUUUGCUUUUGUGAUUUUUGUUUUUGUUUUUGUUUUUUUUUUUUUUUUUUUGAUACUUGCCUAACAUGCAUGUGCUGUAAAAAUAGUUAACAGGGAAAUAACUUGAGAUGAUGGCUAGCUUUGUUUAAUGUCUUAUGAGAUUUUCAUGAACAAUCCAAGCAUAAUUGUUAAGAACACGUGUAUUAAGUUCAUGUAAGUGGAAUAAAAGUUUUAUGAAUGGACUUUUCAACUACUUUCUCUACAGCUUUUCAUGUAAAUUAAGUCUUUUUGGUUCUGAAACUUCUCUAAAGAAAAUUGUACAUUUUUGGAAAUUUAUUCCUUAUUCCCUCUUGGCAGCUAAUGGGCUUUUACCAAGUUUGAAUACAAAGUUUUAUCAUAACAACAAAAUAACUACUAAGAUAACUACUACUGUUCCCAACCAUGUCCCAUUCUCCCUCCCUCCCCCUGAAAAAAAAAUUUUUGUUUUUCAGAGGCAGGGGGGAUUGAUUGAAAAAAAAAAUGUGUUCCAUUUAAAAUUUUGGUAUAUGGCAUUUUCUAACUUAGGAAGCCACAAUGUUCUUGGCCCAUCAUAACAUUGGGUAGCAUUAACUGUAAGUUUCGUGCUUCCAAAUCGGUUUUGUUUUUAAGAAUUUCUUGAUACUCUUAUAGCCUGCCUUCAAUUUUGAUCCUUUAUUCUUUCUAUUCGUCAGGUGCACAGGAUUACCUUUUUUAAGCCUUCUGUCUUGUCACCAACCAUUCCUACUUGGUGGCCAUGUACUUGGGGAAAAGGCCGCAUGAUCUUUCUGGCUCCACUCAGUGUCUAAGGAUACCCUGCUUCCUUUGCUUGCAUCCCACAAACUAUUUCCCUCAUCCUAUUCACUGCAGCAAAUCUCUCUCUAGUUGAUGAGAUUGUGUUUAUCUCUCUAUAAACCCUACCUACCCCGAAUGGUCUGUCAUUGUCUUUGCUUUUAAAAUCCUUCCUCUUCCUCUCUUUGAAUAAUGAUGGGGCUAAGUUAUACCCAAAGCUCACCCUACAAGCUAUUUCCUCAGUACCUUGCAGAAAACACCAAACAAAAAUACCAUUUUAAAGGAGGUGUACUUUUUUUUCUUUUUAGAAUGUAAGCUCCUCGAGAGCAGGGACAAUGUUUUCUGUAUGUUCUAUUGUGCCUAGUACACUGUAAAUGCUCAAUAAAUACUGAUGAUGGGAGGCAGUGAGUCUUGAUAAGGGUGAGAAACUGAAAUCCCAAAUUCUGUUUUGUUGCUUGUUUUAUUAUGACCUUAGAUUAAAUUGGGAAAUAUCAGCCCUUUGGGACAGUUGUCCCAAAUAUUACAUUCAAAUAAAAGUGCAAUGGAGGCCUUGGGGUCUUUUUUUUAAGAAAAGAAGAUCUCUUAUGCAUUUGGGACAACAUAAUAAUGCAUCUUCACUCACAGAUCUUUUCUUUUUCUAUUGAUUUCUCCUGACCCCCAGGCCAAGGACGUGAAAUAAUCAUUUUAUAGCUACAGAAAAUGAAGUUAGACUGAGGAGAUGGAUCUUAUUCAGUUAAGUUAUAAAUAAAAUCUAAAGCUUGUCUCAUUUGUCUAUUAAUGUGCCUCAGUCAUCUACUAAACUAGUUUGAUUCUGAAAUAAAUUGUGAUAGUACUUCAUUAA